AGAGACUCAAGACUCUUUAUGGGCAUAUGACGUUUCCAUACAGUCUCUCGUGUGAGUGUGGGUGUGUGUUUGUGUGUGAGUGAGCGCGUAUUGUGCGCGCGCCUCCCUGACGCUUCACAGCCCCGUGGAGCUGUUGUUUCCAGAGAGCAGGAGGACAAUCAGACGCUGGACUGCUGGAUUAGAGUGACAAAAGAGAAAGUGCUAUUUAAAAAAAGGUCUUCUUUGGCUUUCAUCGCUCCACGUUUUAUUUUUUGGAAUCGUUACGCUUUCGAGAGGUCUUUUGUACAGUUUCCGCGGCGGCGCACAGACCGGUAUGGAUUUACCAAAGACUAGACGAGACACGCCGUCUAGUCCUCCACCAAAGUUUUGAUUGUCAUCGCCGCCUCUCGAUCCCGGAGCUGUGGAAAGCGCUGAACUUUGACGCAGCAUUUGUGGAAAGUGGUGACCACAUGUGAGGACAUUUGGAGACAAAUAUUUUGUCGGAGCGUCUUUUCGCUGCUCUCUACUAUAUCUCUCAUGGGGUGACCCACAUAGAGGUCCUUAGACGUGACGGUGGGUCGGGCGGUCUCCCUCCCAGCCUGGGCCCUCUUCCUGUCCUUUUCUUAAAGGCAAUGAUUAUCGGCUUAGACACUCUGCACCACUCCACUGUGUGAAUGAAUCUUUGCCGUAAAGCCGCUGUGCUCUGCCACCCUGUCACCAUGAAGAGCAAGUAUUCCCAAUACUACAAUCAGAGCCUGAUCCACUCCUACUAUGCCUUUGCUAAGAACAUGACCACCCAGGAGCUAGCAAAACGUAUUGAGAAUAAAAAGCAGCUCACCAACCUCAACAUUGCCAUCGUGGUCCUCUGCACCAUCAUCAUCCUGGAGAAUCUGCUGGUACUCAUUGCCGUCUGCCGCAACAAGAAGUUCCACUCUGCCAUGUUUUUCUUCAUCGGAAACCUGGCGUUCUCUGACCUGCUGGCAGGCUCGGCCUACAUAGCCAACAUUUUCCUAUCAGGGUCCAGGACCUUUGACCUGAUGCCUGUGCAGUGGUUCAUCCGGGAGGGUACGGCGUUCAUCGCUCUGGCAGCUUCGGUCUUCAGUUUGCUGGCGAUAGCUACGGAGCGAUAUAUUGCCAUCACCAAGGUCAAGGUGUACGGCUCCAGCAAAACGUGCCGCAUGUUCCUCCUGAUAGGAGCUUGUUGGGUCACCUCCAUCCUGCUCGGAGGACUUCCCAUCAUCGGCUGGAACUGCAUUAACGAUCUCCCUGAAUGCUCAGCCGUAUUGCCUCUCUACUCAAAGAAAUACAUCCUCUUUGUUGUCACCAUUUUCAGCCUCAUACUUCUCUCUAUUGUCAUCCUCUAUGUGAGGAUCUAUUUGAUUGUACGCUCCAGCCACCAUGAAGCAACCAACUCACCGGCCUAUGCCCUUUUGAAAACUGUCACAAUAGUGCUGGGUGUCUUCAUCAUGUGCUGGCUGCCCGCGUUCAUCAUCCUCCUCCUAGAUUCAUCCUGCACGAUACAAUUCUGCCCUAUUCUCUCCAAAGCAGACAUCUUUUUUGGCUUUGCCACUCUGAACUCAGCGCUUAACCCAGUGAUCUACACACUGCGCAGCAAGGACAUGAGAAAAGAGUUUCUGCGCGUGUUGUGCUGCUGGGGGGUGCUGCAAAGCGGGCGGCCAGCUGAUCGUUGUCUGGUCCCUCUAAAGAGCUCCAGCUCUCUGGAACACUGCACCAACAAACACGAACACCAGACCAUAACAAUGUUGCAAGAUUGUACCACCUGUGUCUGAAACGGUGCUUACAUGUCUGAGUGCUUGUGUGAGUGUGAGUGUGAGUGCGAGUGUGAGAAAGCAUGUGUGUGUAUAUGAGAUCAAGAGAAGAGGCUGUGAUGUGACGAAGAGAUGUUAAUAAAGAAGUGAGCAAACCCUGUACUGAGAUGCCUGGCAAGGCUACAAUGCAGACUUUUUCCUUUUACAAUCAAAAUUGUGUGAAAUCACAAUCAGCAUUCACUCGAUUGCAGCAGGUGUAAAAACACAAAGUUUCAAGAUGGAAGCAAUUUAGCGGUGAGAACUUUCAGAAAUGUGAAAAUAGCUUUUUUUCUUGGGUACUCUCAUUAAUUAAAAUGGAGUUGCAAACCAUGUUCAUGUAUAUUGCCUGUCAACUUGUCGUUGUUUUAUUCUAAACAUGUAAACCCCUAUUAAAAGCCAAAAAUAGAAAUAUAACAUGCAUAAUAUCAUAGUUAUGGUGAGUUGUUUUGGUCCUUUCAAGAAGUGCAUGAUUACUUCAGAGAUUGUCCUUAGUAAGGUUUGACCACGUUACUCUCCUUUACUGAUAUAUGUAAAUAUUAGGCCCACAGAUCCAUCACACGUUCUUUACAGAGCAGGAGACGGUGAUCAACUUCACUCCACAGAAGCCAAAUUACCACCAGUGCUCCCUCAACAAAGCCAGGGCUAAAUAAUCCCUAUAUAAUCUUGCUUAAAAACAUUUCAUUAACUACAAAAAACUUACAUAAUCUGCUUACAUUUAAUGCAUGAAAUUCUAACUUAUUUGUAAGUGCUAAUGUAUGUAUGAUAUAUGCCAGCUCCAGCUUCCAUCACUAACACCCCUUCCCCUCAUUUGUCCUCAUAAUCUGUCCCUUUUGCUUUGACUGUUGUCUUUUGUAUCUUAACAGUUUCCGUUGAGGAAGGCCUAAUCAGAAAGCACAUUUCCUGAAGUGAGUUGGCACUGAUGGAUUUUACUCAACAACAGCUGUCCAGCAGCUUUGACUAAUGGACCGAUGUCCUGACAGUGUUGGAGCAACGUAGCAGAAAUGUGCCGUCUCUGUUUGUGCCUUCCUCUUAGGGAAUUAGGCUGAAUGUAUGUAUGAAGUGUUUGGGGCAGGCGCUCCGUUGUUGACAGUAUUAUUGAUCAUUAUUUUUUUAAUUACCAAGUCAUUGACGAGCACAGAGUGAGAUGAACAGGGUCGGUCACUCUCACUGUGAGGUCUUUAAAUAGCACCAUGAACAAAACAUUUGUUGUGAACAUCCUGGUUUAAUUUGCUAGCCAUAUGCCUUGUGCAGCUAAAGAUGUAAACGCGUCUCAUCUUUCCAAAGACCCUUCGCCUCCCCUACAAAAUAGGAGAAGAUCCGGUUUCAAAUGCACAGAGGGGGAUCUGCCCUCCUGGGAGGUCACCUUCAUCCUCAUUCUCUGACAUCCUACAACAUGUAACUUCCUUCAACCACAGGAAGUCCCGUUUUUCAUUGUCCGGUUCCUGUUGUUCAGGGUUACACUAACCUUCCUGUAGACACGCAUUUAAAACUCUUCUCUCCCUCAGUGUUUUUUAUUUUGACUUUUACAUUUAGAUGACCAAGUAGAAAUGGUGAAAAGCACUUUGGCAGCUUCAGUGAUGUUUGCUUUCCCCCAGUUUUUUUUCAGAUGGAGAGGUUUUUGAAUCUGUGUACCUCUGUGUAAGUAUGUAUGUAUUUUUGUACAGUAUGUAUGAUUUGUGUUGUAUGAAAUGUCUCGUGUGCAAUAGCCUUUUGUGUCCAGUAGCACGCUGCCUGUGUUAAAUCGGUACAAUCUGAAACACUAAUGUAGGUACAUAAACUUUUUGUUAAUUGCAUUCCCUUUUUUAUAAAAUAAAUGAAAUAUUGAAAGAA